AUGGAAUCUAAGAAGACUCAGAACCGCCAUUCUCUUGCCUGCAAGUUUUGCCUCAGGACUCAGGAAACCUUGACUGUUCACCUGAGAAGAGCCUGCAAGAGAGAUGCAGAUGCAGAAGAAAUUGAGCUUCUGAUGCAGGAAGCAAAAGCAAAGAUGCGAUCAAUCCUGAAAGGGCUUAGUGUCGUUAAAUAUGAAGACCUGGACUAUAAGGAUUCUGAUCCUCUGGAUUUUUUUGUCAAUUUCCUUGAGAAAAAUGGCUGCUAUGUUAGAGGGAAGCCUGAGAAGUCAGCAAGCUCUCCCAUGGAAGAGAGAAUACGUCCAUCCGAUAUAAACAGAACCAAGGUGAACCUCAAUCGGGCAGCUGACAAAGUAGUGGAGAGACAGGCACCUUUUAAAGAUCUGGACCUGUCACAUAAGAAGACCAAACCUGUACAUGAAAAAGAGGUGAAGACACAAGGACCUGUUAAAGUGCUGGACCUCUCUGUCAGGUCACAUAAGAAGACCAAACCCAGCCCAGUGAACGCUGAAAAAGUGCAGAGACACCGACCUAUUGCUGAACAGCCGGACCACCCCAUGGAGUCAGAAGAGGAGGACAUCGUAGGCCCUGUAAAUGAAAAAGAGGUGGAGACACGAGGACCUUUUAAAAAGCUGGACAUCCCUGUUGAGUCAGACAAUGCAUGCCCAUCGACUGAUGAUAAUGAUGAUGAUGAAAAUCCAAAAAAGCUGGACCAGAGCAAGACAGAGUCACAUCUAAUUCUGCUGAAGAAAAAAAUGAAGGCAGCCGGGAUGUACAGGAAACACUCUCUUGAAUGUGAUCUUCUUGUUAGUUUCCGAACAUUUCUUCAGCAAGAAUUACGAGUUAGAAGAUGGUCACAAGAGGUUGGAAAUGUGGCCAGGUUUUUAUAUUUUGUGGACCCCUCCAAACCCUCCUUAAAGUUCCUGGAUGAUACACCGAAGACAGUGGCUUUUUUUACUAAACUGGCAAGUUUGGGGAACAGUCAUGCCACUCAGUUCACCUACCUGAAGCACAUUAAAAGGUUUGUUCGGUCUCAGAUGAAUACUCUAACUUCAUCACAUCAAUCUAAAGAAACCGUGGAAAGAUGUAGGCUGUUUCUCGAGAUGACUGCGGGUCUACAGGGAAAGCUGAGCAAAGGAAUUUCAGCUGAGACUGUGGGGAAAAAGUAUGACUACAUGACAUCUGGAAAAAAGGACCCAGUGGAGUGUCAGAGGAUUCUCGUAGAGGCAAGGCCAACGAUCGAGCAGCUGAUAAAGAAGGCCAAGAUGGGUGGAACACUUUUGGAUAAAGAAAAGUGUGUUGUCCUCUAUUACUUGGAGGCAAUAGUUGUCCUAAAGCAACUCCAGCGACCAGGAGUUGUGCAGAACAUGACUGUUGAAGAAUGGCGCAACAGGAAAUUGUCGGACUGCAAGACACGUAUGGCCAUUGCUGUAAAAAAACAUAAGACUGCUACACAGCAAGUCGCCACUGUACUUUUAGAAGAAGAAGAAGAACAGUGGUUUUAUGUGUUCUAUAAAAAAAUACGGCCAUCCUUUAUCAGGAGUGGGACAAGCCCGAAGACAUUCUUUAUCUCAUCAUCAGGGGAGCCGAUUCACAGUGUGACAAACGACAUUGCUAGACUUCAUAAGAAGUUUAAUUUGCGCCCUAUGACUAGUCAAGAGGCUAGAAGAAGAAUGGAGACAUACAUGGCCUCCCACUUAAAAACUGAUGCAGAGAGGUACUCGUUUGCCAAGAUGCUGGGCCAUUCAAAUUUGACUGCCGAAAGGGUUUAUCGAGAGAAGACCAUUGAAAAUAUGGUAGAAGCGGCAGAAGUCAUGAAGAAGGCAUUGUAUGGCCCCCAGGCUUCAACAUCAAGGUUUAAACAGAUGCCACAGCAGCCACUGGAAACAGAAAGUACAGUAGUCUCUCGAGACUUGAGGGAGAAUGCUUUUGAGAGAUUCAAAAAAGCCCGUCCAGUCACCCAUGAUGCAAAUCCUCCAUGCUUAAAGGCAGCGUUAGCCUUUUCCAAUGAGUACGGCCAGUACUUUUAUGAUCAAUGGAGAAAACUACAGAACAAGAUGAGGGUGGAUUAUGUUGCUGGAAUUUUCAAAUAUCAGAAACCAAAUGAAGAGAGAGUGAGAGAAUGUAUCGAAGGCCAUGCAUGGAAGACCAACUUACCACGGAUACGGGAUAUUCUGGAAACCAUAAAGCCACGUUGAUAGCAAACCAGGUUUCUAAACACGUGUCAAGUGGAGUGAGCAUGAAUUCAGCUGGAUAAAAGUUUGAAAGUUUGAAAGUUUGAAAAGAUUGGUGGAAUGCAUUGGCAUCUGCAGAUUUCCUCAUAACAGAUGUAGAUGAGACAUUAGCACCUUAAACCAUCAAGAGAGUUGGAAGAGAUUGUUCGUCUAAUGAAUAUGUCAGAUGGGAGAAACCUUGCCCUGUUUUGGAUUCUGCAGCAUUUUUAAUGACUGGUAGCCAAAUAGAAAUAUUUGGCUGGGAGUUUUUGUUGGGGGGGUUUUUUGUUUUGAAAAUGUUU